AUGUCGAGAUUUUCCGGAAUCCUGGGUGCGAGCAACCAGUAUGGCCGGUGGGUUCCUGACCAGGAGAUAACCGUCAAGGCGAUUGCAGGCGGCUCCACCGUGGACUUCUCCCAGGCGUUGUUCACGCAUUCCUCGUACACGAUCUACACCAAGGCUUUCUGGGGAGGCGUGACGAUCAUCGUGCCUCCAGGUGUGGCCGUGGAGCAGGAUGGGCAAGCCAUCAUGGGCGCGUUUGCUGGCAACGGGGGCCUUUACUCCACUGCAACAGACAGGGUGCAGUCUCAGGCGGCCAAUGCUUCCGUGACCAUCAAGGUGGAGGGAACCGCGAUGUGGGGCAGCGUCACUGUGGCCAUCAACGAGCGCGCGAAGCCGGCCGUAGUGCUGUC